AUGGACAUCGCCACCACUUCCCGGGCUUACUUCGCCAUGCCCUCGCCAUCCCCCGAGGAGAAAAUCUCCCUCCAGGCCAGCAACACAGUAUACACCUACCACUGUCUCUGCAGCCAUCUCCUCCUGGCAACCACCACCCCCCUCCCCUCGCUGCCCACACGCCGCCACUCUCAAGACUCUGCACAUAUCAUGCCGUUGCCCCCGGCGGCUCCUUCAGCAGUAGGCGCAAACGGACGCGCACGCAGCAACACAGCCCCCAACCCAUCUCACGACCACUACGGGCUCCUCCUCAGCACACGCCAGGACCGACAGCCCGAAAUCAUCACGUCGCAAGACGGCUUCGAGAAGCGUUACCUCCAGCGCUGCGGCCGCUGCAGCCUCGUCGUCGGUUACCAGCUCGACUGGCAGCAAUUCGCCGUCGACCGGACAGGCCGCCGCGAAGACUACGUUUUCCUGCUUCCAGGUGGCUUUGUCAAGACCAGCGAUAUGAUCAUGGGCAACAACAAGUCGUCCGGCAGCGGCGCGCCCAUGGGCUCGACCGUGAGUGUCACCGAAGUCAAGGCGUGA